UCUUUUUCUGUAAUAUGGAUAGAUAUUUUGGUGGUAGGUUGGGAAUGGAUGAAGAGUGACAAGAAUAGGAUGGGAUUGGGAUAGUGUUUGUUUGUGUGUGGGAUGAGGGUCAUGGCUUCUUCUACGGUUGUUCCCGUUCCUCCUGUUCCAGUUGAGGGCGGAAAGCCAAGCCGCGGCGUUAGCAUUCGGUCUCGCCUAAGCAAACUGUGCCAACAGGGACAACCUCACUUGGCACGCCAUCUUCUGGACACGCUUCCACGUGCCUCCUCCGCGGUCUGGAACACCGUCAUCAUCGGCUUCAUCUGCAACCACAUGCCUUUGGAGGCCCUCCAUCUGUACGCGGAAAUGAAGUCCAGCCCGGACACCCCUUCCGAUUGCUACACCUUCUCUUCCACCCUCAAGGCCUGCUCCCUAACCCAGAACCUCUUGGCCGGUAAGGCCAUUCAUUCCCAUUUUCUUCGCUCCCAAUCCAACUCUCGAAUCGUCUACAACUCCCUCUUGAACAUGUACUCCGUCUGCUUGCCCCCCUCCACUGUUCAAUCCCAACUCGACUACGUCCUCAAAGUGUUCGCCUUUAUGCGCAAACGAAACGUCGUCGCCUGGAACACCUUGAUUUCCUGGUAUGUCAAAACCCACAGACAGCUUCACGCACUUCGCGCCUUCGCCACCCUCAUUAAAACUUCCAUCACUCCCACUCCCGUUACUUUCGUCAAUGUCUUCCCUGCUGUCCCCGAUCCCAAAACCGCUCUUAUGUUUUAUGCCUUGCUUCUUAAAUUUGGUGCUGACUAUGCCAAUGACGUCUUCGCUGUUAGCUCCGCAAUCGUUAUGUUUGCUGAUCUUGGUUGCUUAGACUAUGCUAGGAUGGUUUUUGACCGUUGUUCCAACAAAAAUACAGAGGUUUGGAAUACCAUGAUUGGUGGUUAUGUUCAAAAUAACUGUCCCCUUCAAGGGAUUGAUGUUUUCCUUCGAGCCUUGGAGUCAGAGGAGGCCGUGUGCGAUGAGGUCACUUUUCUGUCCGUUAUCUGUGCUGUUUCGCUGCUGCAGCAAAUUAAAUUGGCUCAGCAGCUGCAUGCAUUUGUUCUUAAAAGUUUGGCAGUUACUCCCGUUAUUGUUGUCAAUGCUAUCAUGGUUAUGUACUCCAGAUGCAAUUUUGUUGAUACUUCCUUGAAGGUUUUUGAUAACAUGCCUCAAAGGGAUGCUGUUUCGUGGAAUACUAUAAUUUCUUCCUUUGUACAAAAUGGUUUGGAUGAGGAAGCACUCAUGCUUGUGUGCGAGAUGGAGAAGCAGAAGUUUCCCAUUGAUUCCGUCACUGCGACGGCCCUUCUUUCUGCGGCUUCUAACAUUAGGAGCUCUUACAUUGGAAGGCAAACCCACGCAUAUCUAAUUCGCCAUGGGAUACAGUUUGAGGGUAUGGAGAGUUAUCUGAUUGAUAUGUAUGCGAAAUCCAGGUUGGUUAGGACUUCUGAGUUGUUAUUUGAGCAGAACUGCCCAAGUGAUAGAGAUCUGGCCACAUGGAAUGCUAUGAUUGCUGGUUAUACACAGAAUGGUCUCAGCGAUAAAGCCAUUCUCAUUCUUAGAGAGGCAUUAGUUCACAAGGUAAUGCCAAAUGCAGUGACCUUAGCAUCGAUUCUCCCAGCUUGUAGUUCAAUGGGAAGCACAACCUUUGCCAGGCAACUUCAUGCAUUUGCCAUACGACAUUUCUUGGACGAAAAUGUUUUUGUGGGAACUGCUUUAGUGGACACGUAUUCCAAAUCGGGUGCAAUCAGUUAUGCUGAGAAUGUUUUUAUCAGAGCACCAGAGAAGAAUUCUGUCACAUACACCACAAUGAUAAUGAGCUAUGGUCAGCAUGGAAUGGGUAAGAAAGCUCUUGCCUUGUAUGAUUCGAUGCUGAGAUGUGGGAUUAAGCCUGAUGCAGUUACUUUUGUUGCCAUCUUGUCUGCUUGCAGUUAUAGUGGUUUGGUUGAAGAAGGUCUUCACAUAUUUGAGUCUAUGGACAAAGUACAUCAAGUUAAGCCCUCAAUUGAACAUUAUUGUUGUGUUGCAGACAUGUUAGGGAGGGUUGGGAGGGUGGUCGAAGCCUAUGAGUUUGUCCAGAGAUUGGGUGAGGAUGGUAAUGCCAUAGAAAUCUGGGGUUCUAUUCUUGGGGCCUGCAAAAAUCAUGGGUACUUUGAAUUGGGAAAAGUUAUUGCUGAAAAGUUGCUUAAUAUGGAAACAGAAAAAAGGAUCGCUGGAUAUCAUGUUUUGCUCUCAAAUAUCUAUGCAGAGGAAGGAGAGUGGGAAAAUGUUGAUAGAGUGAGAAAUCAGAUGAAGGAAAAAGGUUUGCAAAAGGAAAUGGGAUGUAGUUGGGUUGAGAUUGCUGGGUGUGUGAACUUCUUUGUAUCCAGAGAUGAGAAGCACCCUCAAAGUGGUGAGAUAUAUUAUAUCUUGGACAAAUUGACCAUGGACAUGAAGGAUGCUGGUUAUAAGCCAUGCAACAAUUCAAAUUUAAAUAGGAUUUUGGAAUCUAGUGACUGAAAUGCAUGUAUUAUAACAAAUUUUAUCAAAGUGAGCUGUUGGCUGCUCUGCAGUGGGCAGCUUUCAAAAAAUUGAGUUUGGUUCGUUGUUACAGCAGUCACAGGGUUGGUUAUAACCAAUGAUAGUUUCAUGACCAGUGCACACAUACAUGACCCGAACUGCUAUUGGUCAUUCAUUUGAAACAGUUCUUUCAGUGAUGAACAACACAUUCAAUUCAUGUACAAUACCAUUGUGCAGUUGAAUAGUGACACAAGUUUGAUCCUACCUUUUACCCCUGAUACAAGAAAUGGUGUGAUGAUUACUGUUAUAUUGAGGUAUAAUUCUUCAGCUCAGCCUUUUUUACAUAAUGCAGCAUUUAAAUACAAUAUUUGUCUGUAGUCUUAGGGCUUGCUUGAUAAAACUGAAACCGAACAAUUAAGAGCAAAGUGUUUUGGGUGAUAGUGGAGAUGUUAUCUCAUGAAGAAGUCUACGAGGUUGAUGAUACAUUUAUUCAAGAUUCUUGCCAUAGUGAUGUUAUAAUGACAAUAUGUGGCAAAAGCUCAGGAACAUCUAUGUUGAGGCAAACUUGCAACUAUGAUUAUUAUUGAGUCUUACCCCUAAAUAGUUUAAUUUUAUUUUGCAAGCAUUGUAACUGUAGUGGUAUAUAUAUAUAGGAAAACAUAUGGGAUAGGAUUCCUUUGGCAUUAUUUGUCUUACAAAACGAGACCAGCCAGUUUUCAUGCACAAUGGUCCUAUUUUAGAGAAUUUCAUUUCCAGUUGAGUCCGUAUCACGUGUAAAACUGUAAAUUAGAUGGAUGCCUUCUGUCAUGUUCAAGUUGCUUAUGUAUUCACUAUUUUCUUUUAAUUGAAGUUAAGUACAUUGCAUGUCA